UGAAUUUGGUUUAUAUAAAACAAAACUUUGUGUACUUUUCUUCUUUUCUAAAGAUAAGCAGCGCGUUUUUAAAAAUAUAUAAAAUGGAUAUUAAUUGUCUAGCAUCAGAAGACAAAAUUCUUCGCUCUCCUCGGGCCGCAGUUGAUAUACCCAACAUUUCCGUGACAGAAUUUUUCACGAUGGCAUUAGAGAAAUACGAUGAAAAACUAUUAGUGGUUUCGCACGACAAAUCUCGUUUUUAUACUGCCCAAAAUGUCCUCCUGAGCAGCAGACGAUUUGCUAGCGCCCUCAUACGACGUGGUCUAAAACUAGGGGAUGUAUUUUGCAUUUGCACCGCUAAUAACAUUGAUUAUGCGGCCGCGGCAUUAGGAGCAAUGAAUGCAGGAGCAAUCAUUACUUUGGGAAAACCCAUGGAUAAAGCAGAGGAACUUCGCUUUAGGUUGGAACAAACUAGUUCUGUUUACCUGCUGGUAGAGAAGAAGAAUUUAGAUAAAGCAAAACAAGCGACGAAAAAUUUACCAAAUUUUCAGGAGAUACUGGUGUUUGAAAAGUCUGAAGACUGUCCAUCGUUUUUGAAACUUGUUGAAGAAGAUGACGGAUCUGCCUUUACUGGUUCUCCUGCGAUUGAUCCUAAAGAAACGCCUUUACUGUUAACGUUUUCUAGUGGAACUACUGGAUUACCCAAAGCCAUUGUACAUACUCAUUACACUUUUCUUUCUGCAGUUAUCAUUGCCACACAUCCGACUGUUUGGAAGUUUUCCCAGGAUGACAUUGUUCUUGGAAUGUAUCCAUUUUGCCACGUGGGGGGGUUUCUCUUUCUUUUUGUUGAUCUGUCUCAAGGAGUAACCCUAAGCGUUGUACCAUCCUACGAGUCGGACUUAUUUUUGGAGGUCAUAGAAAAACAUAAGGUUUCUGUUGUGCUAGGAGCAGUUUCAAUAGUUUAUCGACUUCUUAGAGACCACAAGGUGCACCAGUAUAAUCUCACCAGUGUAAAGGAGAUUUUAACAGGGGGAGCUCCUCUCAAUCAGGAAUCCAAUGAACAAGUUGUUAUGAAUGCUUUUCCUUUCCUAAGAUCUCUCCGACAAGUCUAUGGAUUAAGUGAAGUUCUUGUUGUUACUUGCGUGGAAAAAGGAAAGACUACUCCUAACUCGGUUGGAAAAUUAACUUCUUCAACAGAAUUGAAGGUUUGUUUUUGCCUAUAUCCAUGUUAG